AUGCACGUUGCAAAAGAGCUUCCCCUCCGCAUCCUGACACACAACAUCCGAUAUGCAACCUCAUCUCCGUUCAAAGGCGAGCGGCCCUGGGCAGACAGGGUACAGCCCCUCUUGAACGAAUUACGGUAUAACACACGUCAUUUAGAAUCCCUGAUCUGCCUACAGGAAGUCCUACACAAUCAGCUCGUGGAUAUUCUCGCCGGACUCAAUUCCAAGCAACAACCCGACAAAGCCUGGGAGUACAUUGGCGUUGGACGAGAUGAUGGCUGCGAAGCAGGCGAGUAUUCGCCUAUCUUUUACCAGCCCUCGAUCUGGCAGCUACAACAUUGGGAGACCGUCUGGCUGUCCGAGACGCCCAGUGUCCCGUCCAAGAGCUGGGAUGCGGCAUCGAUCCGAAUCAUGACGAUAGGCGUCUUUACCCAUCGUGCCAGUCGCCGGACGAUCCUAGCGAUGAACACUCACCUGGACGACCAGGGCUCUCGUUCUCGGUUCGAAGCCGCUCAUAUCAUCCUGCGCAAGAUGGAGGAGUACCGGACAGGACCGGCCUUUGGGCGAACCAUCUCCGGGGUAUUCCUUGCAGGCGACUUCAAUAGCCAAGAAGAGCAGGAGGCUUAUACCGUGCUGACAGCACCGGAGUCACCUUUAGCAGACGCAGCAAAGCUGGUCAACCCGGGUGAGCAUUACGGCAACUACAAGACAUGGACGGGGUUCGGAUAUGAAGGGCAGGAACCGUCGCGGAUUGACUACAUCCUCCUGGAGUCGACGGCAGACAAGGUUCUCAGCUAUGGUCGCCAGCCAUGGAAAGCGGAGGGGUAUGCGGUUCUGGCGAACCGAUUCGACGAUGGCGUCUUCAACUCGGACCACCGGGCGGUGGUCAUCGAUGUGGUCUUAUGCGACUAG